AUGUCCGAAUACUCCACCACUCCUCAUGGUGAAACAAGUCCAGCCCAAUCUGCACCGCAGCAGCCGCUCAACCGAUCCUGUGAAUCUUGCAGAAAUCUCAAAGUUCGCUGUCUUCCCAAUCCAACCACACCAAACCAAUGCCAACGAUGUGCCAAAGGCAACAAGGUUUGUACCUUUGUAGCACCGCAAAGGCGGCGGCCUCGUAAACGGACUGACUCCCGGGUCGCUCAAUUGGAGAAAGAGAUGCGCGUGAUGCGCACUUUGAUCAAAGAUAAGAUUCGCGAAGAAAGCGAGCCCGAAUCUUCUGAUGCCAGCGAUAAUUCUCAGGAUAACGAGUCUGGCGAUAUGGAUUAUCACUGUGCCCUGGGCUCCAUCCCGGAGUCCGCCGGGGGGACCUCUGAGUCUGCCCGGUUCAUGGACUACUCUGCCGAAUUCAUCGACACACCACACCCUGGGAUGCAUGGAAGUGGAUCGCUCUCGGCGCCACUGACUCUGUCUGGGUUGCAUGCCAAUUUUCUCUCUGUGCCCAGCAGACCCCGCGAUGACGAUGUUGUCGAUCGUGGCAUCAUUUCUCAUGAAGACGCAGAGCAAUUGGUCGCCUUCUUCAUUCAUGAACUGUCAACAAUUUUCCCACUGGUCAUACUUCCACCAACUACUACCGCAGCACAGCUGCGACAAGCAGCGCCAGUACUCUUCCUUUCUGUAAUUUCUGCAGCGGCAAUCUCCAUCGAUACAGAUCUAGCAAGCGUUCUCAACCGUGAGCUGGUCCGCCUGUAUGCAGACCGGUUCUUUAUCGAGGGCGAAAAAUCGCUAGAGCUAGUGCAGGCGCUCUUGCUGAUGAUGAUCUUUUACUUCCCGCCUGGCUCGCCUUUGAAGCUGCAGUUUUACCAGUACGCGCACAUUGCCUCAACGAUGGCAUUGGAGAUCGGACUUGCGACGAAGCGGCGUGUCACGCAGAAAAAACCCGAUCGCAAAAAAUCGGGGCCUCACGAUGAGCUUAUGGCGGAACAGGCUAGAGCUAUCCUUGGAUGCUACCAUCUAUCUUCGACUGUUGGGAUGAAGACUCGUCGCCCAAAUUUGCUUCAGUUCAACAAUUGGAUGGAGGAGUGCGUAUUCAUGUUGAAAAAUUCACCUCACCAGACAGAUCAACGUCUGGCUGUGUGGUUUGAACUCCAACGGAUCACUGAUGAAUCCCUGUCCUCAUUUGGUCUUGACGACACCAGCUCCUUGUCCACAUUGACUGAAUCCCGUGUGCAAGCCGUGCUGCGGUGGUUCGAUAAGCAAAUGGAAGUAUGGAGAAAGAACACCCCCAAUAAGAUGCUCACAGUGCCCAUGAUCCUUGAAUAUCGAUCCACCAUCCUCGCAAUGUACGAACUCAGCGUAGGUGCAGGCUACCGAGAUCCUGACGCCGUUAAGCGACGAGAUUUCACGCUCCCAAAUUUAGAAGAAGAUGGCAACUCACAAAGAGUUACCCCGAUGAGCGUCACCCGUAUCGAUAUCACUGUGAAAUGGAUGAACGCAGCACACGAGCUCCUAGAUGCCCUCUUGACAUGCAGUGCAGAAACGAUGCGCCGGUUCCCAAACCUGAUGUACACGCGUUUCACAAUGGCAAUGACCUCGUUAUUGAAGAUCCAUUUCUCGGUGCGAACUAGUGCCCUGGGCGAAGUCAUCACACCUGAAACCGUGAAUGUUAGCUAUUACCUCGAUGCGAUGUCCAAUAAACUCGGCGAGGCGAGCGGCGGUGGUAAAUAUAAGAUUCCCACUCGGUGGUACCACGUGAUAGCAGUCAAGAGCAGGGACUGGUAUGAACGUUUAGAGAAACGAUACUCAGGCUCUUCCCCAGAUAGAACCAGGGUGGUGGGUGACUCAACAAAUCCCACUGAAAGGACGACUGCAGCACAGAUGGCUUCACAUGAUCCGGCUGUACACACGGACUCUGCUUUUCCCAUGGCGCCGGGUGUAUCGCACAUGGCACCGGGUAUCGAGAAUGGAUAUGUCGCUAUGAGCAGUGCGGGAAUGUGGCCUAUGGACGUGAGUCAUCAAAACACAUUUUUCCAGCCUCCCCUAGGUGGAUAUCCCCAGCAGGCAGCAUCACUUCCGCCUCAAUUUUCAUUUGAUCCACAGAGACUCGCAUCUCAACAAAUUCCUGGGGCAGGUAUGGAGCUAGAUGGGUGGCUUCCUGAUGGAAGUAUCUUUGGUAUGCCACCUCUCCCUGAAUUUUGA